UUCGCGCGACUCCGACUAUACGAAGCAGCGAUACGUCUGCUAUACUCUCUAACCUAUACGUUACCUACUCCAUAAGUAUAUACAGUCUUGCGCGGCGCAACGCAUCUACUCACCUGUGAUAAUAUCAUUUAAGCAUUUCUCAUGCCAAUUAUGCCUAUCGGGCCGAAUUUCGGCAGUCUAGUUGUAAGUCAUUUGCGUAAAUCGAUCUUCAAUGGACAGAGAAUGAUGUCAAGCUCCGCCAAUGUUGUCAAGUCACUCGUGUACAAAGAAUACGGUGAACCGGCGGACGUUCUUCAAAUAAGAACCGAUUGUCUCCAAGCGCCAAGUCAAAAACACGUUACGGUCAAGUGGCUCUAUGCGCCGGUCAAUCCAGCCGACAUCAACACGAUACAAGGUAAAUAUCCUAGCAAACCGCCGCUACCCGCAGUUGCUGGUAACGAAGGUGUCGGCCAAAUAGUCGCCGUUGGCCCAGACAUCCGCAACUUGUGCCCUGGCGACAAAGUCGUGCCCAAUGGAGUUAAUAAAGGAACGUGGCAAACGCACGGAAUAUAUGAAUCUCAUGAGCUGUUCAAGAUACAUAGCCAAAUGGAUACCGCCGUGGCCAGCAUGCUCAAUGUAAAUCCAUGCACAGCCUACAGAAUGCUCAAAGACUUUGUCGCUCUGAAAGAGGGGGACACAAUCAUUCAAAACGGCGCUAAUUCAGCUGUAGGCCAAUUCGUUAUUCAACUCUGCAGGAUAUGGGGGUUCAAAAGCGUCAACGUUAUUCGCGAAAGACCCGACGUUCAGAACUUGAAGGACCAGCUCUUGUGCCUGGGCGCCGACGUCGUUCUGACGGAGCAAGAGUUGAGAACGACCGAUAUUUUUAAAAGCAAACAGUUGGCCCAGCCCAAGUUGGCAUUAAAUUGCGUGUGCGGUAAAAGCGCAGCGGAAGUUCAAAGGCACCUCGGACACGCUGGAAUUAUGGUGACCUACGGAGCCAUGUCAAGAGAGCCACUGACCGUGCCGGCCUCGUCCUUAAUCUUCAAGGACAUUAGCUUCAAAGGUUUUUGGAUGACUGCCUGGACCAAUCGGAAUGCAGAUACGGCCGAGCGACACAGAAUGCUCGACGAAUUGCAACAAUUAUUUAUAGACAAUAAAUUACAAGCUCCGGCGUAUCAGCUUGUUCCAUUUGGAGACUACAAGGAAGCAGUGACGAAUGCUUUGAAACCAGGUGGUCAGAAAAAUAUAAAAUAUAUAUUAGAUUUAACGAGUUGCGGGUAAAUAACGUGAUAAGCCUUUUUUAUGAUAUUUUUAUUGAUCAAAAUAAAGACAAACACGA